AUGGUGGGCAAUCUACAACAAUCCUUUGUCAAUUCACUCAUGAGUCCUACAUUUGGCGACAGUCGCAUUCUGGUGGGGUGUCAAUUCACGGGAUACGAGGGGCGACUCGACGAAUUGUUCAAAUGUCCCACCGAGGAAGCGGCUCUGGCACGGCUCAUGGACACUUGCUUGCGAGCUUGGACCGGAACCAAAUGCCCGUUGGCCGAUUUCGCCAUGGUUCAAGCGCUCCCAUUAUUCAUGGGUGGUGUCCUGUUGGCGACUGCAACGGGAAGAAAGGCAGGCGUCUACACUACUGUAUGUCUGUGUCAGCAAAGCCAUGUGUUGAAAAUGCCGUCCUAG